GCCAUCUUGAAGCGGGAGGUUUAAACGGAGGAAACUCUCAAAAGGACUCACAAUGUCGAAGACUGAGCCAUCAAUUUAUGGCAAAAUGCCUAUAUUAAACUCUGCAACUUUACUGAUUGUAGGCUGUCAUGGGAUUGGAAAACAUGAAUUAGCCAAGGCUCUUGUUGGUGUUGGUACUUCCUAUGCAUUGCAAGUCCGGACUGCUACAAGUCUUCCAUUACCAGAAAACAAAGAAACUGACCGUCCAAAAAUUGAUAUGGUUAUUUUCAUGAUUGACAUGACUGAUAAGCGAAGCAUGGCUGUGGUAGAAUCUUCUUUGCCUCAUCUAGAUGUGGAUUAUUUUCUUGGAAGAGUAUGCUUUGUAAUAAAAAAUGCCCAAGGUUUAUUGGAUAGAAGUGUAGAAAUAGAAGCAGUCACACAGUUAGCUGAUACCUAUGAUUCACCUUUAUUGUGUGAAACAGUGGAGCCAGGACAAGGUGGUUCAAGUGUGGCAGAAAAGAUACUUCAGCUACUAGCAAUUUCUGUUGGAUUCCAUGACCAUAUUACACCUUUACUGAUAGAUGUCACAAAGAGACCAUACCAUACUUUAUUGGACAGUUCAAUAGCAUGGACUCCAAAUUCUUGAUGCUAAUACUAGGGUCUUGCAUAAUUUACAAAUAUGGGACAGGCUCA